GAUGAUAAUACAAUAGAGUUCGAGAGUGCGACAAAGGUUGAGAUCACAACAAAUGGCGACAAUGCAAGAGAGAGCAAGACCAUGAUAGAAGAGGGUGAGACAAAGGUGGACAACGAUGUUAUUGGUAGAAGAGAGAAGAUUGAGACGAUAGUAAAGACAAAACUCAUAGAGAAGAGGAAGAAGGAGAUCAACAACUCGAGAAUAGAUGAAGAAGAAGAAUGGUUUAAUAGAAUGAGCUAA